CUGGUGGAUCAAGCAGAGCAGACGGCACAGCAGAAACUGAAGACCUUGGCAGUGCAGCGAGACAGGUUUGAACUGCAACUGGGCCGGCUGAGGAGCUGCCAGGACUUUGUCAAGGAGAACAGAUGUACUUGCAGCCAGGGGGAGAUUCUGAGGAUGAAGAGUCUUGUCGUGAAACAAGUCAACAAUCUGGCGGGCAGCUUCAAGCCAGAGACAUUGGCACUUGGCGAGCAAGCCAACAUGAAAUUUUCUCACACUCUGCCUGAACUGGUGAAGGUUUGCCAGCAGUUUAGUAAAGUUGUGUGCCCCGAGCGGUGUCAAGCACCAGACGGCUUGAGGUGUGAGCUUGUUGCUAGCAAUGGCAGCAGUCGAGUCAAGGGCACUGUGAACAGAAGAAACCAGAACACCUACGACGUCAGCUACCUGCCUCAGGUCACUGGAAAACAUCAACUGCACAUUUCAAUAGAAGAGCACCCAAUCUUGGACAGUCCGUUCACUGUCACCGUUCUACCCAACUUCACUGCACCAACCAGUAUCAUUGGAGACCUCAAUAGACUGUGGGGUAUAGAGGGAGGGGAGGUGGUGGUAGCUGAACACAGUGGUCACUCUGUCUCAAUCAUCAGUGGCAAUUGGACGGAAGAAAUCAUUUGGUACUUGUGGCUCGGGUCCUGGUGUCAUCGUGGCAAACACCUCAGAAAAAUCGGUAAAAGGGGCAGUGGACCUCUUCAAUUCCAGUACCUCACAUACUUUAGUAGUUUUGGCAGCAGAGGCUUUGGCAACGGAGAGCUUGACUAUCCUCAUGACAUUGCUAUUGACGAAGAAGGCAAUGUGUAUGUUGCUUAUCAGUACAACCACAGAAUCCAGGUCUUCACAGUUGAUGGAGUGUACUUGAGGCAGUUUGGGAAGAAGGGAAAAGGAGAGGGAGAACUAAACGAGCCUGUCAGCAUUGCUAUUGACUCCUACAAUGCGGUUUUAUCAAGUCAUUUGGAAGAGGGGGGAAAAUGUCCUGUGGAGUUUGAUGGUCCAUAUGGACUAGCAGUAGACAAGAAGGGAACACUGUAUGUCAGUGAUAAUGGGAACAAUCACAUUCAGAUCUUCAACUAA